CCCUCAGCGCCGCUCGCCGCGAUGAGGGAGGCGGAGCUGAGGAAGCUGCUGGCUGCCAACCUGCUCUGCGCCGUCUCCAUCGUCCUGACGGCGCUCGUGCCUGCUUUGUUUCUGGACGGGUUCUCGGUUUUGGGCACGCACCUCACGUGGCUGUGUGUUUGUUCUGUUUGUGUUAGCGUCCUUAACGUAACCUUGUGUUUAAUCCUCAAGCCAAAUCCGUCUUCUAAGAGAAGCUCGCUGUCUAACAAGAUAUCCAGAUUUCUAAAAUGCUGUAUAUACUUUUUCAUGUCUUGCAUACUAUUUCAUGCGAUUAUUGUUCUUUAUGGAGCACCUCUCAUAGAGUCAGUGACUGAGACAUUUUUGUUUUCAGUUCUCCUGUCUACCUUUACUACUUUACAAUGUUUAUGUUUGCUGGGACCAAACAUACAAGCUUGGAUACGAGUAUUCAGUAGAAAUGGAGCUAUGUCCAUCUGGGAAAACAGCCUACAGAUUACUACAAUGUGCAGUAUAUUAGGAGGUUGGUUUGGAGCAUUUCCUAUUCCUCUCGAUUGGGAUCGGCCCUGGCAGGUAUGGCCCAUUUCAUGUUCCCUCGGAGCUACCUUUGGCUAUAUGGCUGGUCUGAUUAUUGCACCUCUGUGGAUACACUGGAACCGGAAGCAGCUUACAUACAAAAGCAGAUAACUGGCGCAAAGAGAGACAAGCUUCUGUUUUGGUCACAGCUGAGAAGCCACUGAGAAUUUCACUCUGGCCUGCUCCUGCAACCGUCCUGCCCGCCCUCUGGUUCCUGACAGCCCUUCACAGCAGAGCACACAAGAAAAGCAAGGCUUCCAUGUGUUCAUGCUCAGGACAUGCUGGAUGAAACAGACCACAUUGUGAAUGGAAAUCCCACAUCAAAGGAGAAGGAAAGGAGAAUUAACCUUGGCUGCCACGUUAAGUAGCAGCCUUCAGUGUGGAGCACAACCUCCAAGAGGUAAAUGCUGCAUAUCCUCCCACUUCCUCUCAUCAUUUGGGAUGUGGCAAAGGGGCACACAGCCCACCUCUCUGUUAAUACUCUCAGAAAUUUCGCUGAAAGUUUAAAUAUUGUGAGAGUUAGCAGUAUUACGAAAGACCAAAACGAUCAUCACUGUUCCUAGUUCCAAAGCACUCUGCCAGGGUGAAGUCAGUAGGCUCCUACUGGAGCCCCAGUUUCCUUCCUAGGCUUGUUUCGCCACAUACCCCUGUGCCAUAAAGAACAUUACUGACAUGCAGUUACUCUCAGAGCAAGAGAAACAACUGUAAAGCCAAAGGCACCCAAGCAUCACCAUCAGGUGCACUUCAUGUUCAUAAGCUUUGCCACGUUUCUGCUCCCAGCUCUGGGCUAUGCAAGUAGGUUCCACCAUUCUCAUCUGAGGGACAAGGAGGAGUAAGGGGACAAAGAAACUCAGACAAAGUGGAGGGCUGUGCAGGGCAGUGGGGCCCAAAGGAGCUGCAGCUCCACCUCUGAGAGGAAUUGCCUGUGGAAUGCAGUCCCCAAGGUGGCAUGACCACACUGGGACCAGCAGUCAGCCUUUGCAGCUGCAAAACCUAGUGGGCUCCGGGAACCUCCCCUGCCAGCUGCUGUACUGGCUAUUUUCUGCUGAACUGGGGCAUUUUCAGAUGAAGUCUGCCUGGACAGGCACAUGGAGGGGAAAGUUUGUCUGUGUACAGACUGCAACUUGUGAACUGUGUCAUUUUUCCCUGCUAUAUAUAACCUGAAAAAAAUGGGACCUUAAUAGAUUUAUCUCAACCUACUUUAAACUCAAAAAGAUGCAAGGCAUUAUGUGAUUGGUGCAGUUACUGUGUGCAAUUCUGCCUACGUUGUGAAGCAGCUCACUAGAAAAGCAAACUAGAUGUCAUGAACUCAGCUCACAGCCCCCCACCAAACAGAAGUCUGUCACACAUUGCUAAAUACAUAACCAUACAAGCUAACAACACCCACAGAUUGGUAAGUCAGUACUUCAGGCUGAUGGGCCUGCUGCACACUGGCUAGAAAUUAAAAGGUUUUGGCUC